AUGGCCUCCCAAUCUAAGACUCUCCCACAAUUGACUUCGUCCAAGCUCUUCCUCACGGAAGCCGGACUCGAAACAACUCUGGUCUACAAAAAGAACAUCCACCUUCCGUGCUUUUCCGCUCUCCCGCUUCUGAGCACGAAAGAAGGCACAGAAACGCUUCUUUCUCUCUACAAAGAAUAUGUAAAUAUCGCACUCGCGAAUUCAGCCGGCAUCGUCCUUGAAACCCGCACAUGGCGCGGCUCUCCCGCAUGGGCUCCCCAACUUGAUCUCUCCGUCCUAGAGAUUCUCGAUCUGAACCGCAAAGCAGUUAAGAUCCUUCAAGAUCUCAGAAAAAACGUCCAGACUCCAUCCACUCCUAUCAUUAUCAGUGGAACCCUUGGAACACUCCAAGAUGCCUACGUGGAUUCCACGGAAACGGUUUCCUUCUCGCAAGCCCAGGAGAAUUAUCGUGCCCAGGUCCAGGUACUCGCUGAAGAAGGUGUAGACAUGAUAUCUAUCAUGACUGUCACCAAUCUCAAUGAGGCUACCGCGGCAGUGAGCGUGGCGCGUGAGUUCAAUCUCCCUGUUCACGUUUCGUUUAGCAUCGAGACGGACGGACGGCUGCGAGGUGGAAAGACACUUGGCGAUGUCAUUCGCGAAGUCGAUCGUCAGACAGAGAAUUAUACGACGUAUUUCGGGGUGAAUUGUGCGCAUCCUCGUCAUAUUAUGACAGCGUUACGAGAUCUUCCUCAGGAUGUGAGGUCGAGAAUCGGGUCGAUUCGGGGAAAUGCUAGUCUUAAGUGCCACGAUGAACUUGAUAACUCGCUGGUACUAGAUCGGGGCGAUGUUUCGCUUUGGGAUCGAGAGUUCAAUGGGCUUUUGAGUAUGUUGCCGGAGUUGAAAGUAGUAGGGGGUUGCUGUGGCACGGAUGAAGAGCACCUCGAUACUCUUGCGAAGACAGUUUAUUCUAGUUAA